CAUAAUUCGCUUUAUAGUUUCAAAAUGCCUUCCAUCGACCCCGAAAAAGCGGUCUCUGCGCCCACCGAACCGACAGGCUCGCCCGAAGCCGCUGUAUCCCAACCGGAAAACACGCUUGAUCGAGUCGAGACGCGCGCAUCGAUAUUGUACGACAGUAUACCGCUGUGGAGGAAAUGUAUUAUCGUGUUUGCUUGUAGUUGGAGUACGCUAGCGGCAUGCUUCUCGAGCACGAGUCUGCUGUGGGCGAGCAAGGAGAUCAGUGAAGACUUGAACACGACGAGUCAGGUGGUGACAUUCUCGACGGCAGGACUGAUUCUGGCAAUGGGGAUGAGUGCAUUGGUGUGGAGCCCGAUCGCGAGUAUUGUCGGCCGAAGAGUCGCGUAUAUCGCAUGCACUACUAUCUUGCUUGCGUUCACUAUCGGCGCUGCGAUCGCACCGACAAUUGAAGUAUUCGUCGCCAUGCGUGUAUUGUCUGGCCUGCAAGGCUGCUUCUACCAUGUCGCGGGCCAGACUAUCAUUGCCGAGUACUUCCCUCCAAUGCAGCGUGGGAGAGCGAAUAGCUUUUUCCUUGUGGGCACGGUCGCAGGACCUCCAUUAGGGCCAUUGAUUGCUGGCAUCAUGGUUCAGUACACAUGCUGGCGUAAUUUGCUCUGGUUGCAGGUCUCGAUGAUUGGUCUCUCGCUUGUACUCGCAUUCUUUUUCGUACCGGCAAGCAGGUUGGAUAAGCCUGGACUUGCGUUGAACAUCCGAGGUUGGCAUGCUGUUGCGCAGUUCAACCCGCUACCUGUAUUCAAGCAGAUGCAGUACCCGAACAUCUCCUUUACACACUUGAGUUGUGGCUUCCUCAGCUGGACACAGUAUUCGCUUCUCGCAACUCCGAGACACGUCCUGAGCACCCGCUUCGGUCUGACAUCCACGAUGACGAUCGGUCUCUUCUACAUCGCACCUGCUACAGGCUUCCUCCUCGGUACUGUGAUUGGCGGGUGGUUCUCGGACAAGACGGUGCGCAAGUGGAUAGCGAUGCGUGGCGAGCGACUUCCACAGGAUCGCCUGAACGCAGGCAUGUUCGCGUUCUGGGUCGUAAUACCUUUCUUUAUGCUGUUGCAGGGCUGGGGUCUGCAAUGCAGCAACUGCUCGACUGCAGUAGGCGGGCUGGCUCUACCGAUCGUGACAAGCUUCUCUACUGCCGCUGGCCUGCUUGCCGCCUUUGCUAGCCUAAACACGUACUGUGCCGAAGCAAUACCGAAGAAGCGUUGCGAGAUCAUAGCCGGGAAAUACAUGGUUCAGUACACCUUCUCCGCAAUUUCAAGUGCGUCUGCUGUCCCUUUGAUUGAAGCUGUUGGUACUGGACCAGCAGGAACAAUAGGUGCAAUUUUAGCAGUCCUUGCUGGACUCCUGACGUUCACUACCGCCAAGCAAGGUCGGUCGAUGCAAGAAUGGGCGGAAGAGCGGCUUGGCCCGAGAUCGUCAAAAGAGCUUCCAGUGUAAUCGCAUAUAGUUCAGUCAUGCAC